CACAGCGGCCAAGGUGAGAUCGAUAGAGCGGGUGAAAUACUCGAGCGCUACAUUAGUGAAAAGAAGCCAGCGAACUUCUCAUCUGUGGUCAUCAACCUAGCUCCCGAAAGAUCUUUCCACAGUUGGUUUAAGCACUCGGAUGUGUACACUGGAGAUUUUAAUUACACCCAUGAACAUGACAUCAACGACUUCGUGCAGCGCAUUGAAUCUACGAAACUUCCCAUUUGCGAUGGCAACCGACUACGUCGUAUCAGCCUUACAAAGCUGACUGUUGGUCAAGCAGAACGCUUCCAAACACGACUGGGAGUUAUUCGUUACGCUGACAGUGUUGAACUGAUAGCCGAUUUGAACGAUUACACUUCAACAGCAGAUCUGUUCGACCUAGACAUAUCAAUGAUGAACGAAGUUGGCACAAAUAUCGAG